GUCACACGUCGACCCGCCUGGGCGGCCUCUGAGAGGCUGGCGUAGCGCCCAGCCAGGUGCUCUGUUGGAUGUGGGAUCUUCAUCCACCGUCCCCGAGCUGGUCCUGCCUGGCCAUCCGGUACGGAAACGCUGUUCCCCCCCGCGGACGCCUGCUUUAUCAAUCCACCAUGGCACCGAUCCUGCCGUCCAGCCGACGAUCUGGUCUGGGACCGGUGCACCAUCGCCAUUUUUCUACCCUCUGUUCCCCCCGUUUUGUGUUCCCGAGUGUCCCUUAUCUGCCUCUCGCUGCGCGGUGUUGCGACGCGGGCUCGGUCGAUUACAGCCUCCCGCUCUUCCUUCGUUUGGCCGUAAGAUAGACGGUAGUAUUGGCGAGGGUGUCGUUGCUGUCUGACGACGACGACGAUCGAUCGAUCCCAAGGCUACCAAGAUGAUCGGUUUCUGGGGCCCAAGCCCGAGAUCUACGAUAUGGGCUGUGGCUGCCGCCGCGGCGCCUCUACUCCUUCUCAGCCACGUCGCUCCCAGGGCGGCUGCGUUGUAUGUGACCGAGGGCUCGCCGUGUUGGGACGUUUGUAACGAUCCGACUAAUACCACCACGUCUGAAAUUGUGUGCUUGGAUGCGGCAUACAACGAUACCACGACGGGGGAGAACUUUGAGAAAUGCGUCUCGUGUGCGUUGGAGAGCAACUAUACGGAUCCGAAUUCGUCGCUGACGGACGUGAACUGGGGGCUCUACAAUCUCCGGUUUGCGUUUAGCGCCUGUGUCUAUGGGUAUCCAGUGAGUAUCAAUGACAUCUCGACGCCGUGUCUGGUGUCCUGCCUGGGGCUGGACGGCGCGCUCGAGUUUGACCUGCUCAAUCCGAAUGAGAACAACCUGCGGGCGUGGUGUUCGACGUCUGCGUUUGCGGACAACCAGAUUGAGACGUGCGAAUUCUGCUACAAUCUGACUGGCAAUCAGGUGUACAUGGCCAAUUUCUUGGAAGCGCUCCGCUAUGACUGCCACUUUCCGGUGCCGUCUCAAACGGCUUUCCCGAUUAGUCCCUCGUUGAUUUUCUCCGAGUCUCAGUUACCGACCUAUACCAGCGACCUCCUGGACAGUCCCAGUGGCGGCGGCGUCAACUACAAACUGGCCACGCUGAUUGGCCUCCCGCUGAUGGGAUUCGUGAUCCUCCUAUUCAUCCUGACCAUUGGAUGCGUCCUCGGCAUCAGCUGGUGGCACCGCCAGUCCCGCGAGGACGAGGAACUCCGGCAAUGGAAGACCAUGGCGGCGGAACAUCCCUGGAAUGAGUACCCGCCGCAGGAGAUGUACCCGCCGGGGGCAUAUCAGCAGCAACAUCCAUACGGCCCGGGGUUCCAGGUCGUGGAUACUGACGGUCGCACGCAUGAAGUGGGGUACUCCAAGCAGAUGUUCGAGACGGUGAUGCCGGGAGACAAAGGGAAGGGUCUCGCGCAGGAGUAUCCGGUGGGGGACCUGAAGCUGUGAUGCAGAUGCAGCGAUGCAGCGGUGCAGCGGUGCAGCGGACUGGAUGAGGAUGUAGAGUGAUGAGUGAUGUUUCUGCUUGAUGUUUUGUUCAGUUGAUGUGCAUAAUGAGGAUAUACCCUGCGGCACAGCAUGCACAUAGUCUAUAGCCCUGGUUGUUGAGCCUUUUGUUUGUUAAAUAUGAAGUGAUGAGAAUCCCAACCAUGGAAGUAAGCCACAAACAGGACAAAAAGAAUUCCAGUAAGAGAAGAGUAAACCUGACACCAACUCAACUCAAGUCAACUCAACUCACCCC